AUGUCUCAAACAGCCGCUGCUCGUCGGCACAAUCCCCUCGAACACGACAUAGCAACCUCCGGUGGUCGCCUGCGGACAAAGUCAAUCACUGGCAAGCGAAAGUCCCGUUCGGACGAAAAUGCUCGCGGUGACGGCUACAUUGACGCUCGAUCAUCGCGAAAGAUUCUAGCUAUCGCGCAAGAUCUUGCGGAGGAAGAGGCUGAAGACCGGAGAGCGGCCGUUGCCCAGCCUUCAUCUUCGGACGCGGCCUUCGGGUUCGACUCGAGGUUUGCGGAUGAGCGUGAUGACGACGAUGAAGAAGGUGGCGUGAGGAAUGAAUACGAUGAUGAGGAAGAAUGGAUGGCGGAAGAAGAAGAGGUUGCGGUUGAAGAUGAUGUGGACCCAGAGGAUAUGGCAGUCUACAAGAAAUUUCUACAGCACGGAGAGGAGCUGGGGGAUUUCACACCCUCGAUAGCGCAACUGACGACGGCGGACCAGCGGCCUAACAGAGGUCAGUCAGGGUCCAGUGGGGAGGGAGAAGAAGACGAAGAGGUGGAAGGCCAGCCGACAAAUCUCACGGAACUCAUCUUGCGGCGGAUUGCAGAGAAAGAAGCAGUCGACGCGAGUCGUGGUGGUGUGGAGGAUCAACAACCUCCAUUCAUGGGAUCUGGCGCACCAGAGGAUGCAAUCGAAAUACCCACGAAAGUGGUCGAAACUUUUACCAAAGUCGGUCAGCUUCUCUCACGCUACAAGUCCGGGCCGCUCCCAAAGCCAUUCAAAGUCCUUCCAACUCUCCCACAGUGGCCGGAACUACUGGCCAUUACACGCCCAGAAAACUGGACGCCGCAUGCAGUCUAUAGGGCGACGAAAAUCUUCAUUUCUGCCCCUGCCGCGAAGGGGCAGUAUUUUUGUGAGACUGUACUCCUUGAUCGCGUUCGAGAAGACAUCCAGGAAACGAAGAAACUCAACGUACAUCUGUAUAACGCUCUCAAAGCUGCCUUCUACCGGCCAUCCGCCUUCUUCAAGGGAUUUCUGUUCCCGCUAGUUCAGUCGGGCUGCACAUUACGCGAAGCACACAUCGUCUCGUCCGUGCUGGCCAAGAUCAAGAUCCCGGUCCUACACUCCGCCGCAGCGCUCCUGCGACUGUGUGAAAUCUGCGCCGAGCAGACGUCCAAUAUCAACAGCGAAGCCGCCGGUGCCGCGAAUAUGUUCAUUCGGAUUCUGUUGGGCAAGAAAUAUGCUUUGCCGUACAAGGUCGUCGACGCGCUUGUCUUCCAUUUCCUCCGCUUCCGUGCAUCCAAAGACCCCAACGACCAGGACGCCGGUCUAGGCAGCAAGGAGGCCAAGUUGCCGGUCUUGUGGCAUCAAAGUCUACUAAUCUUCGCGCAGACCUAUCGCAAUGAGAUCACCGAGGAUCAACGCGAGGCGUUGCUUGAUCUACUGCUUGUGAGGGGCCACAAAGACAUUGGGCCUGAGGUCAGACGCGAGUUGCUUGCUGGGAGAAAUCGAAGUGCAGCCGCUGAAGACGAUGCUGAGAUGGCCGUAGAUCAAGAGUCAAAAGACGACGGGGACGAUACAAUGGACGUCACCGGCUAA